AUGAGAAAUCACACAAUGGUGACUGAAUUCAUCCUGCUGGGAAUCCCUGAGACAGAGGGCCUAGAGACGGUGCUUUUUCUCCUGUUUUUAUCAUUAUAUUUAUGUACUCUCUUGGGAAAUGUGCUCAUCCUUACAGCUAUCAUCUCGUCCUCUCGGCUUCACACUCCCAUGUAUUUUUUCUUGGGAAAUCUCUCCAUGUUUGACUUGGGUUUCUCUUCAACAACUGCUCCCAAGAUGCUGUUAUACCUUUCAGGGCAGAGUCAAGGUAUCUCUUUACAGGGCUGUGUGUCCCAGCUCUUCUUCUACCAUUUCCUGGGCUGUACUGAGGGUUUUCUGUACACAGUCAUGGCUUAUGACCGCUUUGUUGCCAUAUGCUACCCUUUGAGAUACAUGGUCAUAAUGAACCACAAGUUCUGCUUCAUCUUGGCCACAGGGACCUGGAUAGGUGGAUGUGUCCAUGCCAUUACCCUAACCUCCCUCACCUUCCAAUUGUCCUACUGUGGCUCUAAUGAGGUGGGCUAUUACUUCUGUGACAUACCUGCAAUCUUACCUCUAGCCUGUGGUGAUACAUCUCUAGCUCAGAGGAGGGCAUUCGUGGACAUCCUGGUCUUUGUCAACAUUGGAGUUCAGGCCUCAGGCUACUUUCUCCUGAUAGUGCUGUCCUCCGUGUCCAUUGUCUGUUCCAUCCUGAAGACCCACACCUCAGAGGGACACAAAGCCUUUCAGACCCAUGCCUCCCAUUGCAUUGAAGUCCUUUGUUUCUUUGGCCAUGGUAUUUUCAUUAACUUGAGGCCAGGCUCCAAAGAUGCAGUGGAUGGAGUUGUGGCAGUUUUCUCUACUGUGCUGACACCCCUUAUAAACUCUGUGGUAUACACCCUGAGGAACAAGGAAGUGAAGAAAGCUCUGCUCAAGCUGAAAAGUGAGUCAGUGUUCACUCAGAGUAAAUAA